AUGACUUCACAGCCAAAUCUCUCCACCAAAUCCACAAGCAGACCUACAAUCUUGUAUGAUCUCUCAAGAGUGCGGGAAACCCAUAUUCAAAUUACCGCCAAGGAAGCAAGCGCGCUCCGUCGGACCCAACUCCUCCGCGGCACGCACACUCUCUCGCCGCCACCUUCUGGAACAUUCCCAAAAUCAUCCCUAAAAGGACACUCAACGGAUGGUCGACUCCUUUCGUCGUCUCCCAAACCACCAACUCGUCGUCCGGACACUCAACAUCUUGUCAACGACACCAACAACUACCAGCACGAGCACUUCGCUCCCUACCUUAGAGUAGCUCUUCCUUGCCGUAUAAGGAGUGAGCAUUCUUUGGCUAUGGUACUUCUGACGUGCCAGCUAUUCGCAAGCUGUGGACUCGGAGUAUUGGGACCGAGGCCUCGGACAAAAUACAGCAAACCACAUUACAACAGACAACAAAACAAAACAAUUAGGCCACACAUAGCAACAGACACACAUCGCAUUAGAGUCUUCCUGUCCGGACUUAAAACGGAUAGGAAACCAUCUCCUCCACGUUCGCCUGCUCUCUUCGUCUCUUUCACACCACCAGCUCCGGCAGAAAAGAAGAAACUUCGUCGACGUCAACAUCGUACCAGUGGUAGCUCCAGUACUCACGUGGAUCCUUGCUGCUUCACACGACUCCAGAAGUUUCUACGAAGGAAGGAAGAAAACAAAGGAGCGAUGGAGGAAUACAAAAGAUUCCGAAGAUGGACACAGUUAACCGCAACUCCCAUCGGAAGAAUCAACAACUUCAAGAAGUACCAGCUCGAGUGA